AAAAUAAACCCAGAAAUUGUCAAGCUGAAGAGAAGAGCUGGCGUGAAGAGGAAAUGACAGUCAGAUUUGGCCUUUAACUCAAGUCAACCACAAAGUAAAUUGAAGAAUGGAUGGAGCUCAGAUCACCAAAGACAUCGAGCUGAACCCAGCUUCAGAGGAGGCCACUAAGACUGAAGAACGCCCCAAAUGGGACAAUAAGCUUCAGUAUCUGCUGACAUGCAUCGGAUUUGCUGUUGGCUUGGGGAAUGUAUGGCGGUUCCCUUAUUUGUGUCAGGUAUAUGGAGGAGGUGCAUUUCUGAUCCCAUACUUCAUAGCACUGGUGUUUGAGGGCCUUCCGCUGCUUCAUAUAGAGCUGGCUAUUGGUCAGAGGCUCCGAAUGGGCAGCAUAGGAGUCUGGAGCUCAAUCUCACCUUAUCUAGGAGGAGUAGGUGUGGCCUCAAUGACUGUGUCAUUUUUGGUUGGUUUGUUUUAUAACACUAUACUGGCCUGGGUUCUGUGGUAUUUCUUCCAUUCAUUCCAAAACCCACUACCAUGGCAGUCAUGCCCAGUCAACAUCAAUCGUACUGUGUAUGUGGAAGAAUGUGAGAAGAGCACGUCAGUGAACUACUUCUGGUACAGAGAGACACUCAAUAUCACUCCGGACAUUUCAAUUAAUGGGGGUCUUCAGUGGUGGCUUGUGGUGUGUCUGGCUUCAGCUUGGUGUAUUGUCUACAUCUGCUUCAUUCGAGGCAUUGAGACCAUUGGCAAGGCGGUAUAUGUCACAGCUACCUUCCCAUAUCUUGUGCUCACCAUAUUUCUGAUUCGGGCAUUGACUCUGCCAGGAGCUACCCUUGGAUUGCGCCACCUCUUCACACCAAAUUGGGAAACACUGAAAAACCCAACAGUGUGGUUGGAUGCAGCAACCCAGAUAUUCUUCUCUCUGUCUCUUGCAUUUGGCGGCCUGAUUGCAUUUUCCAGCUAUAACCCACAAAAAAACAACUGUGAGAGAGAUGCUCUUAUAGUUGGCUGCAUCAACAGUGCCACCUCAAUCUAUGCAUCAAUUCCCAUUUUUUCCAUCCUAGGAUUUAAAGCACUCUCAGGUUAUAAUGACUGUGUAAACAGUAAUAUCCUGGACUUGACAAAUGCUUUUAAUAUUGCUGAUACGAAUAUAACAGUGGAAAAUUAUGAGGAUUGGUUAAAGCAUCUUAAUAGUACAGCUCCAGGUAUGGUGCAGAAACUUAAUCUGAAGGAAUGCAAUCUCCAAGAAUUGCUUGAUCAGAGUGCCUCAGGCACAGGUUUGGCUUUCAUUGUGUUCACUGAGGCAGUAAUAAAGAUGCCAGGUUCCCAGGUCUGGGCUGUGCUCUUCUUUAUUAUGCUCUUCAGUCUUGGCCUUUCGUCAAUGUUUGGAAAUAUGGAGGGGGUCUUGACCCCUCUGCUGGACCUUCAUCUGAUUCCAAAGUGCAUUCCUAAGGAGAUUUUCACAGGCCUGAUGUGCCUGGUUUCCUUUACUAUGGGACUCAUCUUCACUCUGGGAUCUGGAAAUUACUGGCUGACUAUCUUUAAUAACUAUGUAGGUUCCUUGCCUUUGCUGGUCAUCGCCUUUUUCGAGAUCACAGCCGUGAUCUAUAUCUACGGUGGCAACAGAUUCAGUGAUGAUAUAGAGUGGAUGACAGGACACAGACCCAACCUGUAUUGGCAAGCGACAUGGAGGGUGAUCAGUCCUUUGAUGCUGUUGGUGGUUUUCCUGGCUUAUGCGGUGGUGCAGAUACAACAAACACCUACCUAUGAAGCAUGGAACCCAGAUUAUGUGCAGUUCCCUGCUCCAGAAAUCCUGACGUAUCCAGGUUGGGUCUAUGCCAUUUGUAUUCUCUUGGUCACUAUUCCCUGCUCACUUAUUCCACUUUGGGCACUCUAUCAGUUUAUUAAAUUUUUAUGGAAGUACCUGGCAGACAGACAAUCUAAAAGAUGUUAUGAUAAUGAAGGGUAUGAUGUGGAAACAUAAGCCCGGUAAUUGGAUAUAACUUUUUAGUGAGCACAUUACUUCUUCCUCAAGUAAAAAAAUUUUGUGUACUGACUUCAUAAAGAUUAUAUUAGAAUCGAUACACUGUCAUUAAUUUUAUCUGUUGUUUUUAAAUCUGACAUAUGUUUGACAUUAGUAAUGUCAUGUAAAUGGACUGCUGCUCUAAGUAAAAACAUAUAUUAUAUAGUACGUAUAUAAUUUUUUUUUAAUUCUUGUAGUUCACAAUGGUUCUUCAAGUUCUGUGCAAUAAAUAAUCGAAUAAAUUCAAUAUACUGUA